AUGGCCCAGGGCCCUCGUUCCAAGAGGUUUCCGGAUUUCCCGCCCAAGGGAUUCAAAGGUCGGACGCUGCGUCCCGGGGAUGCGGGCUACACAGAGGCACGCCAGAUACCCAAUGCACGGUACGGCAACGAGCCGGCUCUGAUCGCACAAUGUCUGGAUGCCCAUGAUGUCGUGGCGGCAGUCGAGUACUGUGACGCGCACAGCGAGCCGAUUGCCAUACGUAGCGGCGGGCACGCCAUCGACGGGCACGCAAUGCCGCAAGAUGCCUUUGUCAUCGACACGACGCUCAUGAAGAAGAUCGAGGUAGAGCCUUCGACAGGCAUCACCACCGUCGACGCCGGCGUGCUCCUGGGCGAGAUGGACGCGGCAACCCAGAAACACGGCUACGUGGUGCCGUCGGGCACCGUCUCGGCGACGGGAGCCGCAGGGCUGACGCUGGGCGGCGGCAUGGGAUAUCUGACGCGACGCUUCGGCAUGACGGUCGACAGCCUGCUCUCGGUCCGGGUGGUGACAGUCAAGGGCGAUGAGCUGGUGGCUUCGAGGGAGCAAAACGCCGAGCUGUUCUGGGGGCUCUGCGGCGCCGGCCACAACCUCGCCAUCGCCACGUCCUUUACCUACCAGGCGCACAAGAUGGGGCCCGACGUCAUCAGCGGCCUCAUCAUCUACCGCAUCGACGAGGCCGCGGGCGUGCUCUCGCAGCUGGACGCCAUCAUGCGCCGGGCGCCGCGCGAGCUGACGAUAUAUCCCGUCACGCUGCCCGCGCCGCCGCUCCCCGGGCUGCCCGAACAAAUGCUGGGCGUGCCCGUGCUGGUGCUCAUCAUCGUCUACACCGGCCCGCCGGCUGCGUACCACGAGGCCAUGGCGGGCGUGCGCGCCCUUGCCGCCCAGCCGCUGGCCGACAUGGUCAAGCCUUCGAGCUGGCUCGAGACGAACUCGAUCCUAGACGUGCUCGCGCCGCCGGGCCGCCGGCAGCACACCCGCGGCGGCUACCUGUCGGCCAUCACUCCCGAGGUGGCGUCCGCGAUCGUGCGACGCGUCAUGAAGGCCCCGGCCCCGACGAGCCCCGGCCCCAGCGUCGCCAUUGCCUUUCCGUGCCUCGGCGGCGCAAUCUUCGACUUUGCCGAGGACUCAACCGCCUACUCGCGCCAGGGCGCCAACUGGAUGUGGGAGGUGCUGGCCAUGUGGGACACGCCCGACAAGGACGCCGAGUUCGAGCGCUGGGUCGACGCCGUCAUGACGGCCCUGACGCCCUUCUCCCUGUCCAACGGCUACGUCAACCUGUCCGUCGACCGCGGCCCCGAGUGGCUGCGCAACCUGUACGGCUCGCCCGACAAGUGGGCGCGCAUCUGUGCCCUCAAGACCAAGUUCGACCCGCACAACCGGCUGCGGCACAACAAGAACAUCGCCAGGGCCCGCGAGUCCUUGGCCGCCAAGUCCUGGCCGUGGCCGUGGCCGUGGACGCCGACCCGGGCGCCGACCCGGGCCCAGACCCGGACCCGCCUCCGCACCCGGACCCGGGCCGCCUCGUGGCUGCUCAACAUCGGCUGCGCGCUGUCUCUGCUUGCACUGUGCAGAGUCGGCCUCUACCUCCGCCCAAACUGGGGGCUGCCCUUGUAUCUCCUGAAGCGACUUGGCUUUGGCGGUCGCGCCGGGGGUGCGGCGAUGUAA